GGGAGGAACCACCAGCUGCUGCUCUCCAGCCGGGUCUGGGCAGGGGCGAGACCUUCAUUAAAGCUCCUUCUGUGCCCAGCCCAAGGGGGGACUUUUUGGAUCUAGCCCCCUGGGGCCUCCCCAAGCUCUGCCAACACCAGCUCCUGGGCCGGAGACUCCAUGUGAUGAACGGAUGGGCAGGUGAUGGGACAGUGAGUGAGAACAAAGGAGGAGACUCCUCUGCAGAAAAUCCUCAGCAAGUGUGACUGCAUGGGACAUUAUCAGGAAGAACUGAACGGAAUUUCUUCCAGAGUCAUAAGAGAAGCUGCUAGGAAAAUAGUGGAUAAAUCUAUUUGUUGUGGGAGAGGCUGCAGGGAUCUCAAGGAAACCAUAUCCCAGCAAGGAAUCCAAAUGGGAGAGAGAAAAAACACAUCCACUGAGUUUGGGAAGAGUUUUAAUGACAGCUCACACCUUCCUAGACAGCAGCGAAUGCUCACAGGGGAAAGACCCUUCAAGUGCUUGGACUGUGGGAAAAGCUUUAAUCUAAGCUCAAACCUUCUUACCCACCAGAGAACCCACACCGGAGAGCGACCUUAUAAAUGCUUGGACUGUGGGAAAAGUUUCAGCUUGAGCUCAAACCUUCUUACACACCGACGACACCACACGGGAGAGCGACCCUAUAAAUGCUUGGACUGCGGGAAAAGUUUCAUUCAGAGCUCCGAUCUUAUUUCACAUCAACGACUCCACACAGGAGAGAGACCCUAUAAAUGCCUUGACUGCGGGAAAAGUUUUAUUCAGAGCUCACACCUUAUUAGACAUCAGAGUCUCCAUUUGGGAGAGAAACCCCAUAAGUGCCUCAUCUGUGGGAAAAGUUUCACUCAGAAGUCACACCUUAUUAGACACCAGGGAAUCCACACAGGAGAGGAGCCCUAUAAGUGCACUGACUGUGGGGAAACAUUCAUUCAGAGCUCACAGCUUAUUGUGCAUCAGAGAACCCAUACGGGAGAGAAACCUUUUAAAUGCUUGGAUUGUGGGAAAACCUUUAGUCGGAGUUCCCACCUUGUUGUGCAUCAGAGAACCCACACGGGAGAGAAGCCCUAUAAAUGCUUCGACUGUGGGAAAAGUUUUAGUGUCAACUCAAACCUUAUUACGCAUCAGAGGACCCACACAGGAGAGAGACCCUAUAAGUGCCUGGACUGUGGGAAAAGUUUCCAGCGGAGCUCACAUCUUAUUAAACAUCAGAAAAUCCACACAGCAAAGAGGACCUGAAUGUGGGGGUCUCUUCACUCAGGGCUAUGAUCAUAACUGGCUUCUGCAAAUCCAUAUAGGAUAGAGACCUCGUAAACGUCCAUAGUGUGGCAAAUGUUUCAAGCAGCGUUCACAUCAUAUUGGACACGAGAGACUCCACACAGCAGAGAAAUUGUAGCAGGCUGCCAGCCUCUGCUGUCGUUAGGACCAGCUUUCUGUUUAAUACUGGUGUCUUCAAAGUGCUCUGAAACCUGCACGGUUACUCGGAUUGCUCUUGGUAUUUGGUGUACCUCAUGGGUUUGUUGGGUAGGAUGAGUGAACUAAAUUUGGGGUCACUUGAAUAUGGGGUUCCUGAGAUACAGCCUCCUGACAAUAGCUGCUUUUUGCAAAGUUGAGAGGGUCCACCAAUGUUUUUUUGCCCAGAUCUGGGGAUCUGUCACAGGGUUCGAGGAUGCAUCACCUCUGACCCUGUAACCCUGAGAGCCUCGCAGUGUUUUGCUACUGUAACACCCAGCCUGAGACAUUCAGUCAGCAACCAGCAUGCAAGUCACAGCCUGAGUGUCUAUGUAUAACUGUCACCCUGGUCCAGCCACUCUGACGCCGGCAACAGAGCAGGCCCACUCCCUGCUCUCUACCAGCCUGGGUUACCACCAGCAGGGUGACCCCAACGCACUCCUAGUCCUGAAUUUUCCCCAAACCGUGGGCUCUGCAACAUGCAGUGUCAAACAAAUUUAUUAACAAAAGGUUAUAGGUUAAGUGAUGCUGAGAAAAGGAAUAAAAGUAGAGAUGGUUACAAGUAAAUGAAAGUGAAAAUUUGCAUCUAAAAGUCAAAAACUGAAUCUAGCGAGGUACGGGCUUUAUUCAAGAUAGUUUCUCUCAGCAAUCUUCCUUCUUGCCAGCCAGGGUUGAAUUUCCCUCAGUUGGGAUCUUCUGCAGAAGUCCAAGGGGCUGGCUUCCCUUGUCCAUCUGGGUGAAAUACCUUUGCCUAAGUGGAUUUCUUACCUAUAUUCAGUUCCCAGAGACUUGAACCCCUCCCUUGGUCCCAUCUUUCUCAGCUUGCAAGAGAUCUAUUCCUUUGUGUCUGUCUAGUGAAGGACCCCAAAGACGACUUCUGUCCUUGCUUAUGUUUUCCAAAUUUCAAUGACUGUGCUUUUAGAGGCAGGAUGACCUCAUGCUCUACUUCCCUUCCUGUGGACUUCCCAACCCCCUGCUGAUUUCUAUGUAAA